AUGACAAGCGUCCGACCGCUCUUGGUGACAGAGUCGGACAAUGAAGCCAUCCUGAAUGACAACCCGAAGCCUGAAUCUGUCGAGUUCGCCGAGCUCGACACCGUGAAGCCUUCCACGACGGAGCAGUCGGACUUCAGCACAGCUCCGGCAUAUCGAACGAGGAGCGCGACUUCAGAUGCAAGCACGAUGAAGGUCAAGAAGUCCUUUCGAAGGCUCUGGAGCCUGGUCCAGGAGCGCGUGUCGACCUUUCCCAUGCAGCAGAAUACAGGGGACGGCCUGAUUCUGGCUUUGGUACGAACCCGAGAUCAAAUCUUUUCAGAUACCUUCUACAUGGAGGCCGGUCUCCACGUACAAGUUGUGCUUCAUGCGGCCUCCUUGAUCUUGCAGUAUGGCCUGACCUACCACCUGUAUUUCACCUUGGUGGACGGGUUGGCAGCUCCUUUCAGCAGUGGCAUCGGUGAAAAGAUGCAGGCCAUCGUGAAUGCGCUUGAGCACGACCCCCCUCUUCCGCUCUCGAAGGACGACCCAGUGCAGAAUGAAGCGCUGGACUUGUGCAUGAAGCAGCACGCCCUCGGACUUACGCACCUCAUGGUGCUGUCGCUCUGGGGUGCGCGGAUGGUGGCCGAGGUUUCAGAGCUACUGAACAGCGGGACCAUUUUGAGCUUGAUCGCAGAUCCAGCAGAUAGUGGCUUUCUUGAGGAGAGAGAUGAUGGAAAGAUGAUUGUUGCCCAUAUGAGUUUGAUGAUGAAGAUUGCCUGCGUUGUUCUGGUGAUCAUUCCAAAACUGGUUUGCACCUCCUUCCUGAUGUGGACAGGUGGGAAGAUGUUCAUGCUUACCCACACCAUGGGAUCCCUGAUCAUCCCACUGCUGACCCUGACAUACAUCCUGCAAAUUCCCGCGAUCCUGUUUACUGGCUUCUCCUCCUUCAAGUUCAAGGAGAAGGUUCAGCUGACAUUCUACCAGUACAGAGUUGCGCUUUGCUACAACUCUGCCAACUGCCAGAUGUUCGGGCUGACCCUGAUCAAAGUCGCGGCAACCUUCUGCUAUGUGUUUUUCAUCUACGAGUUGGCAUUCGGCGCCUUGACGGUUUAG